AUGGAAUGCAACGACUCCCGAUUAUUUGACACGACGAACAAUGUCACCUACUUUGUUAUCGAGCAGUUUUAUCGAUUCCGAUACCUCUACUCCAACGUCCACCCCUUCCUCUCGUUCAUCCUCUGCGUCCUGGGACUUCUCGCCAAUGGAGUUCAUAUUCUAGUGCUAACCCGUCCCCGAAUGCGACACUCCUCUGUACAUACCGUACUAGUAUGCAUCGCAAUUUCAGACAUGGGAACGAUGACUUCUUAUUUGAUGUACAUAACACGAUUCGAAUUUAUGACCGAUAAAGAGGGCUACUCAUAUUUCUGGGCGUUGUUCCUAAAGUGUCAUGCGAUGCUUUCCAUUGCUCUACACGCGAUUACACUCUAUUUGGUAGUUUUGAUGGCGUUUAUCAGAUUGUCAGCGAUGAAACUAACCACGUCAAGAUGGUUGGAUCAUACAAGGGCAUUAACAUCAGCCAUAUUCAUUGCCCUAUUCGUCUUUGUAAUGUGUGUCCCAACACUUCUCGCCCAUCAAAUUGAUGAAACAAACAGGGAAUUGACUGUGAACGGAAUGUACUACAAGUAUAGUGUUGGAUUCUCGACGCUGAUGAUGCAAAAUGGAUGUUUGUUGAUGAAAGCCAACUUGUGGUUGACCGGGAUUUGUUUGAAGGCGGUCCCGUGUCUCCUCCUGCUCACCUUCACCAUCGCCCUCAUCCACCGUCUCCGAGAGAAUAACGAAAAACGAAAGAUUCUAAUCAAAGAGGAGCGUGCCAAGAAGCGUGGAGACUUCACCACUUACAUGCUUCUCCUCAUGGUUACUGUAUUCUUGUUCACAGAACUCCCGCAAGGAAUUAUGGCUAUAUUGAAUGCACUGUUCACCACUCAAUUCCAUCAAAUGGUGUAUCUGAAUCUCGCCGAUGUUUUGGACCUUUUGUCGCUUAUCAAUUGCUACGUGGCAUUCUUGGUGUACAGUUUCACAUCGUCCAGAUAUCGACAGACGUUGUUCAGUUUGUUGCCAUUGACAAGAGUCUCCUAUUCCGGCAUCUCGACCCGUCAAGGAACACUCAAAUCCCAUCCGAAUCCUGGCGCGAAAACUCUCGUCCAACGAGCCAACUCAGUCGAAGUGGCCUCCGUUCGUUCUCCACUUUUCGACAAAUCCGCGGCGACAACUCGUCCGAAUUCGGCUCAACCCACUGAUUUUUAA